CAAGUAACAAAUUUCAGUUUCGAUUCUUUCCUUAAACCUCUUUCGAUGGCCAGAAAAGGUAGAGACAAGUCUGCAUACGUCGUCGUUUCGAUCCUCCUCUUUUUCCUCUUCCUCUACCACCGUUGCAUCUACGACGCCUCCGCUCCCGUCUUCGGCGUCGCUCCGCCGCGGACGGCGGAGUUCCGGGCUAGUAGGAUCAUCAAGGAAGAUCCCGGCGGAGAUCCUCCUCGCGCGGGCCCGAUCGUGAUCCUGUCUCCCGUCCCGGCGGUCUCCGUUUUGGUGCCGGACUGGCAGGUGUUUGUGAUUGUCUCGCCGGAAUAUUCUCCUCUGGCGGUGCAGGAAGACGAUCCCUACGCGUGUCUCUUCGAGAACGGGGCCACGUCUCCGGCGGCUUUCGCCGGGGUGUUCCCGUCCCCUGAUCGGUCCUUGUUGGUGUGCAAUUUGCCGGAAAAGCUUCGCCGGUGGAAGCAUAUUAAGCAGCCAGUUUUGACCCGGUCUUCGUUCCUGGUGAAUUUAACCUCAGAUGCGACUAAUUCGCAGCCGCCGCUUCUCCGGUGGAACUAUCUGGUCUACGACUCUCUCACGACGGAGGACGACGUCGUUUUGUUCGUCAAGGGCGUCAAUAACCGGCAAGGGGUCAACCGGGAUCCGUCUGAGUUCCGGUGCAUCUUCUUCACCGGCGACGAUCCGACCGUCGCCGUGAAAACAGAGGUCACCAGCUCUGUUCAAGAAGUCUUCCGCUGCAAGCGCCCGGAAUCCCUUCCCGCCGGAGAAAAACAGAGCAUCAUCGUCUCCUUGGAAAUCCUCAGACCCAAUCCGGCAAUCGUCCCCUCCGUGGCGUUCUACAGUCCGCCGCGCCACCUCGCCGCCCCCGGCGGCCGGAAACACGCCCUCUGCGCCUCCACCAUGGUUUUCAACGUGGCGAAGAAUCUGAAAGAGUGGGUUCUCUACCAUUCAAGAAUCAGAGUCGAAAAAUUCGUUCUUUACGACAACAACAGCGAGGAUGAACUCCAAGAAACCGUCCGAAACCUCGUACGACAAGGAUUCGACGUCACCACUUAUUUCUGGCCGUGGCCGAAAACCCAAGAGUCCGGCUUCUCCCACAGCGCCGUCUUCGCCAACAGUUCUUGUUCCUGGAUGCUAUACACGGACGUAGACGAAUUUCUUUAUUCCCCAUCCUGGAAUAAUGAAAUUUCGCAUCUCCAGAAUGCGAAUUUACUUUCUCUGUUGCCGGAAAACAGUGAGGUGGCACAACUGAGCAUGGCUUGUUUCGAGUUCGGGCCGUCGGGAAGGAAGGCGCACCCGUCGGAGGGGGUGACGCAGGGGUACAAUUGCCGGAAAAGGCGAGACAACCGCCACAAAUCGGCGGUGCUUCUCGACGCGGUGGAUCACUCUCUGUUGAACGUGAUCCAUCAUUUCACGAUGAAGCCGGGGUACAGAACGGAGAAGGUGAAGGUGAACGACGUCGUCGUGAACCAUUACAAGUACCAGGCUUGGCCGGAGUUCAGGGCGAAGUUCCGGCGGCGGGUCUCGGCGUAUGUCAUUGACUGGACGAGGCGGGAGAACCCGAACUCCAACGACCGGGCUCCCGGUCUGGGGUACCGGGCGGUCGAGCCGGCGGAUUGGCCGAUGAGGUUUUGCGAAGUUUAUGACAACGGGUUGAAAUCGUUGGCCCAGAGAUGGUUCGGCGUUCGGUCUCCGGCGGGUUACCGGAUGGCUUGGCAGAGUUGAUGGUACUAACUUAACCUAACCAUGGUUAAGUAUUUUUUUUUUAAUUUUUUUGAAUAGGUAUUUUCAUUUUAAUUCACAAAUAUUUAGAGGUUGAAUUUUAUUUAUUGAUUGUAUAUAGAGUGAUAAUUCUUUUGUUAUUUGAAUCCCAUUGUUGGAUGUGAGUAUGUGACUAUGAGAAAUUGAGAAUAAAAUCAAUAAAUAUACCGAGUAAUUUAUAAUCCUUUGUUGUUCUAAGUUCUAACUUAUUUUCUUUUCAUUUUCAAAUUUUUUUAAAACUAAAUAGUGUUAAUGUUC